AGACAACCUGUGGACAUGUCCAACACGGCGCAAGACAAUUGUGGAGGCAGUGUUGCUAAAGACAACAAAACAGCAACUGACAGGGCGGCAUGCACGGAGAACCUAACAGAGACUGAUGCCUUCAUCAGAAGCUCUAUAGCUCUGGAUCCUGCAGAGGAGUACAAGAUGGACAACAAACACAGAGGCCUUGCACUCAUCUUUAACCAGGAGCGCUUCUUCUGGCGCCUGGGGUUAAACAACAGGCAUGGAACAAAUGCUGACCGCUACAACCUGGAGAAAAGACUGACGGAGCUGAACUUUGAAGUGAGGGCUUAUGAUAACUACAAACAGGUGGAAGUCUUAGAUAAAAUCAGUGAAGCCGCAGAGGCCAACCAUUCAGACGCAGACUGCUUUUUGCUCGUCUUCCUGAGCCACGGCGAGAACGAUCAUGUUUACACUUAUGAUGGCAAGAUCAGCAUUCAGGAUAUCACAUCCCUGUUCAAAGGAGACAAGUGCAAGAGCCUUGUAGGAAAACCAAAGAUCUUUAUAUUACAGGCGUGCCGCGGGGAUAAACAUGAUGAUCCAGUGACUGCGUGUGAUGCCGUGGAUAGUGAGCAGCGAACAAAUGAAGUGGUGGUGGACGCCAGCGCCGUACACACCCUCCCCGCUGGUGCUGAUUUUAUCAUGUGCUACUCUGUGGCUGAGGGUUACUAUUCCCACCGGGAGACGAUCAACGGCUCGUGGUACGUCCAGGAUCUGUGUGAGCUGCUUAAACAGUAUGGGGACUCCCUUGAAUUCACAGAAUUGCUGACGCUCGUCAACAGGAAAGUGUCGAUGAGGAGUGUAGCGAACAGUAAUGACCGAAACGCCAUUGGGAAGAAGCAAGUACCUUGCUUUGCUUCAAUGCUCACCAAGAAACUUUACUUUAGACAAAAACAGUAACAGUGUUAGACCUCAGUCGGAAAGUGAGCUGGUUUUAUAAGCAUACCUGGGAAACGGGCUCUCCUGGUGAUUUUAAACAAGUUAGCUGUUUUUUUUCUAGGCCUCGCUGUAUUUUUUUCUUGAACACUAAUAUUCACACAUGCAUGAAAUAAUUGGCAGCUGUAAUAUUUACUCUAAAAUCAGUGGUUAUAAAAAAACAGGAACAACUUGUAUCACAGACACUGUAGAAAUAUGACUCUUAGCCUUAGGCCGUCAGCUCACUACUAAAACCUCUUGUGGUUUCAUGUAUCAUAAAAAAGUUUCCUUUGGAGAAAACAGAUUUCUUGGCUGGGUAAAACCUGACCUGAUUUAUAAAAGGUUUUGAAUUAGCAUGACAGAAAAUGAAGACGGAGGGAAGAGGAAAAAUCUGUUUGUGACAGUAUCUGAUUUACCGGUUUUUCUGGCCCAACUGAACCUGAUCUCUCACACUAAUCUGGAUAAUGCAAACUGAUAAAAGAGAUCGAAAAGGUCAGAUUUUUACAAGACUCAGCAGUUUGUAGAUUAGUAUAUCACAGUGGAACAGAUCAGUAAGCAGUGUGUAAAAAGAAAUGAAUUUAUCUUAAUUUAUUUUAACUGUAAAAUAUUUGGCCUCUAUUACUUGCAACUUUUUAAUGGUCAAAUAUGAGGGAUCUCUGCAAAAAAUGCAGGGUUAAGUCAUGGGAAAUGUGGGCCAGAAACAGACAAAACAAUUAUUUAAUAUCAUAAACACUGAUAUACUUUUACAAAAUAAAACAUCAACCAGGCAGAUUUUUUUCAAUAUCUACCAUAAUUAUUUUAAUUUCCUGUUUAUCAAUUUGCCCCCAGAAGUCUAACAGAAUUUCAUGUCCAACACAAUCUAAUAAAAAUAUAACAUUAUUUUUUUUCUUCUAUAUGACAUGUUUAAUCAUCAUUUUUGGAGACAUUAAGAUAGUCUUGAUAAAAUGCAUUAUGUUUUAAGGUGUUCCUGUUAUUUUAUCCAACCCCUGAAUGUCAUUUCACAUUUUGCACUUCCAAGAAAUUGCUUAUAAACUUCAGGAUUACUAUGGACCACUUUUUUUUUUUCUUAGGCUUUUGUCUAAUGCUGCGUGCUUCAUUCGUCUAGUUUGAACGACUGUGGUACCACACAAAUGUUGUCUUAUCUUGCAACUGACUUUUUUUUUCUUAACAAGCUGAGAAAUCAGUAAAUGUUGACAUUUCCAGUGGCCUUACACACAAAAGCUUUCCUCAGAAGAAGCUGGAAAUAUCAGAUAAGCCUGUUUUUAUUGACAGUUAAGUCAGUUGCAGGUAUGUCUCCAAGCCAGAAAAAUGCUUUUCAGUUAACUGUAUCUUGCGAGACAGGUGACGUUUCAGUGCGACAGCCAGGUUUGCAGAACUUCUAUUUGUUCACAUCAGGGCUUCAUUAUCUGUCUAUAAGUGCCAGGCUGAAACAUAAUCCUGCUGUUUGUCUUCACGCUCGCUCCACCAAAAAGGGAAUUCAUGUUUGUGCUGUUCUUUGUGUUGUAGCAGUUUACAGUACCACAUUUAAUAUGCGUAUUUGCACCCAACAUGGCAACAAACACCUGCAUGGAAAAUACCUCAGGGAAGACGAGGCUGUACUGUGGACCUAAAACACUCCUAGCUGUGUCACAUGAUCUAUGACUCAGGAAAAACAAAGAUACCAACACACAUUGAUCCUGUAUUUUUGUGGUCUUACUUUUGUGACUUUGUAUAAUAAAAUCUCUGUGACAUUUUGGUUGCUUCUAUCAGUGA